AUGUGUCUCAACGGCCAAACUGAGGCUGAUGUCCUAGAUGUAGAUCAGUACGUUCCGAAUGUGACUGAAAACACAUGGCACAGUCCGCUGCUUGCGAAAUCGUUCGAACGGUUACCUCCUGCGCUGGUUCAAGUGGCUGGCUUGGAUCCUCUGCGCGACCAAGGUCUCGCCUAUUUCGAAGCCCUCAAGCGGGCAGGCGUCCCCGUUCAGCUCAACGUCUACCGUGGACUACCGCAUGCCUUCGCUGCACUCACUCAGCUGUCCAGGACAGUCGACUACGAGAUGGCCGUGGUGGACUGGGUCAGCGCACGCUUGGUAUCGAAGAAUUAA